CGCAUUCAAGGCCACGCAAACUUCGUACAACACCCACGAUCGGUCUAGUAGCGGACCCCAUCAGCAUGACGGUGCGAUGCUAAUGCCGGGUCCAGUGAGGCUAAGGCAUGGGAUUAUCAGGGCUGGCAACUGGAUGGAUGGUUACCAACCGAGAUCUCGAUCCGCCUCGCUCGUCUGCGCGCCCUCCUCGUGCCUUGCUUUCCCGCCGUCCGCAUCACCAUCGAUCGAGUACUAGUGCUGGCAUCAAACUGCGUCAAUCAUUCACUCCGAUCGUUCCUCUAAUCCUGACGUUCGACGUCGCGUACCACAUCCUUACGCUUGGGGUAUAA